AUCAUGGAGCAGUUCAAUUAGACAUGGAUAUGCCAUUCUUGAGACAAGCAGUAGGAAGAAGAUCAACCGCAAUAGGCGCCAUGUCUCUGCCAAUUAGACGAAUCUACAAUGAAGAAAUCAUUAGUCAUCCUCGAGGAAGUUGGUCAUAUACUUUCCAACAAGCACAGUUGAGAUGCAAAAGAAUGCGGAACCGUCGAAGACCAAAAAUUCCCCAAACAAUUCAGGAAUUGGUCAAUUUUUUAAAUAUGCCAGAGCACGCAGAAUAUUCUACAACGAUUCAAGAACCACCAUCAACAUUUUUUCAACAGGCAUUAAUAUUAGAAGGAGUAUUUGUAGGAGUCAUUUUUGCCAAUACUGAAUUCAUACGUCGAUUCAGCAAUGAACUCCUAACCGUCAAGUUUGCAGGAUGUGAUGGCACCUUUAAGACAGUUCCAAAAUCACCAAAACAUCUAAAAAAGGGAUCAUUAAUGACAUUUCAUGUUGUGUACAAAAAUGUUUCUUUCCCAGUUGUCUAUGCACUCUUGACCAAUGCCACAGAAGAUAUAUAUACUGCAUUUUUUCAAAUUGUCCGUAGUUUACUACCAUUAAAUUAUGGUCAAUUGACUAUUAUAACUGAUUUUGAGCGUGGAUUGAUGAAUGCAGUUACAAUAGUAUUUCCUGAAAGUCAAUUACAGUGCUGCUGGUUUCAUUACUGUCAAUCAAUUGUAAGAUACUGUCGCCGAAAAAAUAAUUUGGUAUAUGAUUUGUUCAAGACCAACGUUAUAGCUGCUAAUGUUUUGCGCAUGCUAUUAGCACUGGCCCAUCUACCAGCUACCAGAGGUCAUCCAAAUUGCCAACAAUUUAGUAUGGAAGAUGGCUAUAGAGAAAUCAUAGCCUAUGUCCAGCAAUAUCCAGAUGUGUACAAUCGCAUGCAAACAUUUUUAUUUGAAUACAUUGGACAUUUUUGGAUGACUCAGGUUGGACCAUCUUUAAUUAGUGUUUUAAGUUUUUGGUAGUGAAAUAAGGACCAAUAAUUAUCUGGAAUCGUUUCACAACCAAUUAUUAAGAUUUUUUGGUAACCAUCCAAAUAUAUGGGACUUUUUACAUAAGAGAUCAAACUUCUAGAAGUGAACGGGCUGCCAAUACUCAUUUAUUAAAAAGAGCCAUUGAGCAACUCAAUGAACAUGGCAAUAUAAUACAAUGCCUUAUACAAAUGGGCCAUGCUAAUGAUGCA